CUCUCGUUUGAGUUUAUUGUUUAUGGCUAGAAGCCUAGAAGAAUUAUUCAUUUUAAAAAGAUCGGUUUUUCGUUUCUUACUAGCCAGAGAGUCCAGGCUUAUAGCGCUAGGUAAGAGGCCAGUGAAUAAGAAAAUUUCGGAUUGCGUCAGAAAUAAUUCCGAUAAUGUUUGGACAACGAAUCUAGAUACUUUAAGUGAAGAUUUGACUAAGAAUAUUAACGUUAUACCUUCUAUUAAAGAGGAAUGCCAACAUAAUAAUAUAGAUAGGACGUAUACGUUUUCAUCGGGUUGUGCAAUGGUUUACCCUAGAAUGGUUUUUUGCGGCGGCAGAAUGGUCGAGACGCCUAUAGUGAGGGUGGCGGAGGGCGAGCUCCAGGGUCGGCUGGCCAGCACGCCGAACGGGAAGAGUUACUACAGCUUCCAGGGCAUACCGUACGCGAAGCCGCCUCACGGGUCCCUGAGGUUCAAAGCCCCUCAGCCACCAGAGCCAUGGGAAGGUGUCCGAGACGCAACAACAGAAGGCAACGUUUGCGCUCAAAUCGAACAAGUAUUCGAAAAGAAAUACGUUGGAGACGAAAACUGCCUGUUCCUUAACGUGUAUACUCCAAAUCUGGAUGGGGAAUUCCUCCCAGUAAUGCUGUACAUCCACGGAGGCGGGUUCCUCUUUGGUUCAGGCAGUUCCGUCUUCUAUGGCCCUGAUUACCUCGUCGAGAAAGAUGUGGUCAUCGUCACAAUUAAUUACAGAUGUGGUGCUUUAGGUUUCCUCAGCCUGAACACACCGGAAGUUCCCGGAAAUGCUGGUCUCAAGGACAUUGUCCAAGCACUGCGAUGGGUCAAGGAGAACAUCAAAAGUUUCGGGGGCAGUUCGGGGAAUAUAACCAUUUUCGGUGAAAGCGCUGGAGGCGCAGCGGUGUCCAUGCUGGCUGCUAGCCCCCUAACUAAAGACACGUUCAGUAAAGCCAUCAUUCAAUCAGGGACAGCGUUGAACAGUUGGACGUUCCAGAAGAAUCCAAUGAAAAACGCAAGGGCGCUGGCCAACGAGUUGGGUUGUGAAUCCACGGAAGUGAAUGAAAUCCUAGAGUUCCUCAUCACGACGCCUGUGAAAGACAUUGUGGAAGCGAAUGCCAAAUUGAAUCCGUUGGAACUGUUUUACCAGUCCGGAACGUUCCUGUUCAGUCCGGUUAUUGAAAAGGAGUUCCCGGGCGUCGAGGCAGUUUUCACAGAACCAUAUAUCGACAUACUCACGUCUGGUAGAAUAGCGAACAUUCCCAUUAUGAUCGGUUCCACAACGCUUGAAUUAAUCGGCGAAAGAACUGAUGACUUACAGAGCUACAUCCCGGAAGAUUUGCACAUAGAGAAGAACACAGACGCAUCGAUAGAAAUUGCAAAUAAAAUCAAAGAGCUAUACUUCAAAGGUAACCCGCAAGGUGUCGAGAGCCUGAAUGAAAAAUGCCAAUUGCUAUCCGAUGUUUUGAUUAACAUAGACACUCAUAGGUUCAUACAGUACUUGGUGAAAGUGUCAACGAAGCCAAUUUAUUAUUAUAAGUUCGAUUACGUUGGUGAAUUAAACUGGACCAACAAGCUGCUGCAAACUCUGGGCUUGAAGAGGGCGGGGCAUACGGACGAGUUGGGGUAUUUGUUCAGGAAUGACUCGCAGGCCGAUGUGCAAGCGACGCCGCAGGAUCUCGAGAUGAGAGAGCGGAUGCUGAGGCUGUGGACCAAUUUCGCGAAAUCUGGCAAUCCGACACCAGAAGAAAACCACUAUAUAACUGUGUCAUGGCUCCCAGUCACCAAAGAUAACCUCUAUUACUUGAAACUCGGCAACGAGCUGUCCCUAGGGACCAAUCCGGAUAAGGAAAAAAUGGAAUUCUGGGAAGAUAUAUACGCCAAAUACUUCAAAAUCUGGAACCAGGCGAAAUUCAACAACGACGUGGAAGCAACCGAACUAAUUGUAGAAACACAAAAAGAAGAUAUUCAAGUAAACGAAGACGUAGAAUACAAAGAAGAAACACAAUUCACCCAGGAAAUAAAAGAAACGGAAAUAAAAGAAGAGAUCGACACAAAACCAAUCAUCGUGCAGGAAAUUAUCCAAACGGUGACCACCGUGGAGAAUGACAGAGAAUCAGUCGAAAAUAUAAUCGUAAUCGAAGAGAAAUCCAAUAACAUACAAAACAUAGCGGACAUUGAGCAGACAGUGGAAGAAAUCAACGCAAUAGUAGACAACGUGGACGGCGAGAACGUUAUAAUAGUGGAAGAGAAAGUAACAGAGCCGGUCAUAAUCGAAAAUAACUCGGUUACUGAAACGCGGACGGUGCGGGAAAUAAUGACGAUAUACAAGGAGACGCACACAGAGAACGGCUUCGAUGAGCACAGAUUUAACGGCAGCGUCGAUAGAAAGCCGCGGCCGUCCAACGAAAUCAAAAUGGUGCAGAGCGGCAGCGUGAAUCCGAAGGACGUGGUGCGCGCGAACGACCCGCCCGAAGACGAUUUACCUAAGAACAUCGGAGUUAAUAAGUUUGUCAAUUUCUUCGAAUCGCUCGGGAAGAAGUGAAUUUCCUAAUUUAUUGGACACGAGCGGUUCGAGGCGGUUUCUGUCGCGGUAUCGGACUGUAAAUUUGGAGUUACUUAAGAGAAUUAUGUGAAUUGGUGUUACAGAUGUAGGUAGGGUAGUUGUGAAUGGUGGUGGUUGGAACAAUAUCCUAACUUUUUUUCUGUUAUUGCAAAACGUUUUAAAAAGUUUUGAUCUUAUAAAUUUUUCAUAGAUAUAUAUAAAGAAAUAAAUUUUUAUCAUUAGGACUGGUAAAGUUUUUUAAAUAUUUUUAAAAGUUUA